GUUAGCCCUAGCUUAACUCGUUGACUUCACGCGCCUGUGUUACUUCUGGCUUCGUGGCUCAUUGAUUUGAUCAGUAAACGCUCAUUUCUUGGUGCCGCUUCACGCUCUAGCGGGAAAUGUCGCGUUUAUUCGCGACGCUCGUGGCCGCGGUGCUGCUCGGCUCCGAGGCUUCUGGGAAAACCGUGACGGGACUUUUUAGGAGCGAAGCGGCGAGACAGGAAAAUGGCCAGUUCAUCACUAAAUUCAUGUUCCAAGGUGGUAACGGUCUGGUGGUGUGUCGGUUGGAGAACCCCCUCCUGGCUGCUCAGAGGGAAUCCAGGCUGCUGCUGUAUCAGGAUCUGGACUCGGAUCUAGACAACCUGAGCUGCUCCCAGAGGCUCAGCAGAGCCCACUUCACCAUUCCUCUCAGCCAGGAAGAGCACAACCAGACGAUCCCUCCUCAUUCGUCGCCCUCGCUCUGGCGGGUCCUGUAUGCUGACAGAUGCACGUGUCAGGAAAACUCAGUGACCCACUCCGAUGUGAGGUUCACACUCCUGAUGUUGAACGCCGACUCUGCGGGGAAUCCUCUGGAGCAUUUCAGUGCCGAGGAGACAGGGCUGCACAGCUUCUACUUCCUGCUGCUGCUGGCCUACUUCCUGGCCUGCUGCAUCUACAUCCAGCCUCUGUGCCAGGCUCUGAGGAAAGGGGGGCCCAUGCACACUGUGCUCAAAGUGCUGUCCACCGCACUGGCUCUGCAGGGCUGCUCUGCCCUCUGUAACUACAUCCACCUGGCCAGGUACUCCAGAGAUGGAACAGGAUUUCCUCUGAUGGGCAGCUUAGCUGAGCUCUGGGACAUGGUGUCCCAGGUGUCCAUGCUGUACAUGCUGCUGAGCCUGUGUAUGGGCUGGACUCUGAGCCGGGGCAGGAAGCCUCAGUCCAGACCUCUGCAGUGGGAGCAGUCUCCAGCCUCCACAGCUGUGGCUGUGGGUGGAGUCAUCACACAGGGUGUGCUGCUGCUGUGGGAGCAGUUCUCAGAGUCAGACAGCGACCACCACAGCUACCACGCCCAGCAGAGUCUGGCCGGGCUCCUCCUGCUGGCUCUGAGGGUGGGGCUGGCCCUGCUGCUGGCCUCCAUCCUCUACCAGAUCAUCUCCACGGAGAGGAGCACCCUGAAGAGAGACUUCUACUUCAGCUUCACCAAGGGCUGUUUCCUGUGGUUCCUCUGUCACCCCGUCCUCGUCCUCAUGUCGGUGAUCUUCAACGAUCAUCAGAAGGAGAAGGUGGUGACCAUCGGUGUGAUCCUCUGCCAGUCCAUCUCCAUGGUGGUCCUCUACCAGCUCUUCCUCUCCCGCUCUCUGUACUGGGAGGUGUCCUCCCUGUCCUCCGUGUCUCUGCCACUCACCAUGUCCAGAACGAACCACAGGGGGCGCUACUGAAGACGGCUGCAGCCACAAACACCAGAAUCACGGUGAGGGCCGAAGCGCCUCCUCUGGACAGGAAAGAGACUCAGAGAGUGGACGCGGUCCGAGAUCGGUGCUCCUGGGAGGACAGUUACCACCAAGGGUUACCAGGUUACCACGACGACAGAAUGAUCAGAGGGCAUUUACUGCAGCACACUAGCUCUGAUAUUUACCUGCAGCUUCUGUCACGAUGGCUGAGAGAGACGA